CGACACUAUAUUGGCCAUGUACAAGUUAGGAUGCACUUUUCAAGAUCAAGGAAAGCAUGCAGAAGCAGAAGAAACUCUUCAACAAGUAACAAAGGGACAUCAAAGGGUAUAUGGCCAAGAACAUUCCAAUACUCUAACGUCCCUAUUUCAUUUAGCGGCGGUUUUCUACCUAACUGGGAGGUCUUUAAAAGCAGAGGAAAUAUAUCGAGGGGUAUUAAAAGUAGUAGAAAGGUUAUAUGGUUAAGAAGAUACGUUUACCCUUCAAACUACAUAUUGUUUGGCAAAUGCCUUCGAGUAUCAAGAAAAGUAUGUGCAAGCAAAUGAAAUGUAUCAGCGGGCAACAAAGGGACGGAAAAAAUCACUUGGACCAAGCCAUAAAGACACUUUAAGAAGCAUGGAACGUUAAGAAUAUGGCAUUGGAUAUUUGGAAGAGUACGAACGAGAGGGAGAACAGAUGUGAGC